UGGGGGGGAGGAAGCUAUAAAGAAAAUGGCAUUAUUAGUAACCACCCAUCUAACUAUCUGAAGUUAAACUGAUUUAAGAGGAUGUGUAUUUAGCAGUAAAUCCUGAAGUGAGAAGCAUUCUGUGAACAAAUAUCACUAACCGGACGAGCUAAUACUCCUAUGCAGACCAGACCCGCCCAGUGCUGGCUGCACGUGCACUGCGACCCGGCAAACCCUGGCACGGCCUGGUUCGUAGAUGAUGGCAGAAGCAAUGGGCCACAAGUCAGAAGAUCCAGCAUAAUUACCACAGACCUAUGGAUCACGGUAAAAUCCCCCCAGAGAGAAAUCGGGGUGCAGCUUUCGAGGGCAGGGAUCUGGACACUCGGAGCCUCAACUGUAAUAUGCGGGUGACACUCACCAGUCUCUCGAGCCCGCUGCCACUAUUCAGUUGGUGCCAGUACAUCAGUUAACUGUGCUUUUCACAGGCCCAGCCAGACAGCCCUGGGGUUGGAGAUGCUCCCAGGUCAAGCUCUGCAAGGCUUGACCUCCAUGACCCUCCACCCUUGCCUCAUCUUCUCAGCAGAGCUCUCUGAAAUGGCAGGAGCGCAGGAGAUAGACUCCUUCUGGAAAUCUCACUUUGACCGCUCUGCCUCCCCUGGGGGCCCAGCACAGGCGGCGGGAUCACCGGUCACUCGGCAGAUGGUUGGUGACGGAGAAAGCAGAGUGGGCCGGGACUAUGCACACCCCAUCUUAGGUACACGACACAAGACCUGUGACACUUAGCAGGGGCCGCUCUUGAGAGCUACAUCCCAUUGCCGCACCCUGACUUGAACCCGGCUGGGGCACCAGGGUCCCACACUCCAGGCAUGUGCGGCACGGAGCAGCCCCGGGCGGGUGGCAGGGGCCAUGGUGCCAAGCAUGAUCUCUGGGGCUGGAGCAGCUGACCUUCCCAAUGACCCCGUGACCUCACAGUCCCUCAAAUGCCUGACCUGCUGCCCUUGAACUACACUGAAGGAGCCUCCCCACCAGACUGGGAGGAGGCAGUGCCCCCUUGCGUCCCCGGGUCUGGGCGGCCACAGAAACAGAAACCUGCUUCGAGGAAGUGGACAUGAGAUGCUCUCUCCCCUGCCCUCCCGCGGCUUGUCAGGUCUGGGAUGACAAGUUCCACGUCAUCCCAAACUUGAUCAUGGGCCAGCAGUCCGAGCUGUGUGUUGAUUCCAGGAAGCCGUUUCUUAGGAACAGCCGUCACCCUAUGGCUGUUCCUACUUUGGAACAAUUCACAGGGGACGGCGCUCGGCAGCCCCUGGAUGCUGGGAACCUGCGGGGCCUGCAUGUGGGGCUCGCAGAGCGCCAUCUUGGGAAGGCAGCCCAGACCCCACGUGGGGACGCGGCAAAAAAAAACGGGGGGGGGGGGCAGUCUUGAAUCAUUACCGAGACUUUGCUGAAACCCAAGCUGCCACACUGCCUUCAGGGACAGAGAGGAAGGACUGAACGGACAGGCGGAGGAGCACAGGCCAUGUUCCAUGUGUGUGCACACCUGCCCGCGGGCUUAGGCUGGACCAGGUGCCCACGGUGUCCUCCAGCCCUGGGGAGGGGCCCGGCGGGUCUGCCUUCUCUGCUCAACAACCAUCCUUGGGCCCCUUUUAGGGAUGAAAUUUGCUGCCUUAUUUGGGCCGAGACGUACCGCCGUUGGCCUGCCCUUGGCAUGGCUGUUGUUCAAGGCCAAGUUUUCCAGAGAGACUAGAAGCCCCUCGUGUCGCACCCGGCAGGCCGGUCACCUCUGGGAACGCUACGUUAUUGUUUUAAGACAACACAUGCUGCUAGAAGCUGAUGAAUUAAGGAGGAACAGCUGAUAAUCAACUGAAGAGAUGAACAGAUCACCAAAUCACCAAAAUCACCUUCAUCACCCAGAAGGAAAGUCCAGAGUCGGGAGGAAUUCAGUAAGAAUCCUACCUCAGUUGUGCCCAAGGGCAACCACUUCUUUCCAAAGAGGGUCACAAGAAUGUCUGAGUCAUCGGGAAAGGGUUGCACUAUGUUCAGUAUAAUUGGAUUCAUAAGUCAGAAGGAAUAUAUACAUACUACAUCUAAAAAAGAGUCUCACCAAAAUGGUUAAUUUCCAAAAACGGUUUAAGGGCGCGAAGGGCAAAGUGUCGUUGAUCUGUAAACCCCCUCAGGUGGAACAGCUCCUUCCACAAGCUGUGGGCCAAGGCGGUGUGGACAGCCUUGCCAGCCAUCGGCCCCACCAGGGAAGGGUGAGGUGCUGCGAGAGCCUGCUCUCCUGGGGUCCCUUCCCUCCGCAGGCUGGGGCUGGAGGAGCUAAUGGAGAGCAAAGCCCUGACCCCAGCGUUCCCCACAGCAUGUCUCCGCCCAGAACACCCAUCAGAACCAUCUGGGGGUGGGAACACCCAGACCGCUGGGCCUCGUCACCCAGGGCCUGGGACUACCUCCCACCCUGGUCUGACACCACCGUGCCCUGCCCGGGACAUGCCACUUCCCCGAGGGCCUGCUCGGCCUCUGACCGUGGAACUCACCGGCACGCUCCAGUUUCGUGGAACAGCUCGAGUUCGGUCGCCACCGCCGAAGAUGGCAUUAACACCCACAAGACAGAUCGCAGCCACCAUCACACACCUGGAACCUGCGAUGGGGGAAGAGAUCAGCCAUUCACAGGGUGCAGUGACCUCCAGCCCGGGGCCGGCCCACUCUUCGGGUUCCCUGAGGCCUGACGCCAGCCUGUUCUGUAGGGCAAAGAGCAGAGAGCCAAUGCCAAAGGGACCAAAGGCCUCCGAUGCGGAGCUGGGGGACAGGUACCACGUGAGAACGGCCUUACGCCAGCGGCACGGAAGCUCUCGGCUCGAAGUCUCAGGACGUGGUCAGAGGGGAAGGACUCUGGCAGUUGAGUGUGGCGCCCAGGGGGAAGGGCACCUGGAGAGAAGCGUGCCAUGGGAGAUGCGGUCUUCACACGCUCACUCAAGGGCACGAGCGUAUCCACCAUGUGGCGGGGCAGAGCAAAGCUGCACACACAGUCCUGAGACCCGGGUCCCCGGGACCGCUCAGAAGCCCCAUCGGGGAGAGGGCUCAGGACCUGAAGGCCCUCCCCCAGCCCCCAAAGAAAGGAAGCGCCCCAAACCCAAACAACUCCAGGAGCUGCCUCAGACCACAACUUUGAUCAGCCCAAGGCCAUAAAAGCAAUUCUCCAGGAGGAUCCUGUGCGGUCACAUGCACCAAUGAGCUCGAUUUUGCUCUAAGCACCUUCUGGAAAACAGAAACUAAAACGAAACAUUUGUGACUAUAUCCCAUUCCCUAGGGUUUGAGAAUUUUGAAAUAUGAAGGUGCUGAGAUCCAGCAAAUCAUAAAUUCUUAAUAUUCUUCUGCAGGCAUGACUGCCUCUGAGCCAGCUGGUUUUCACGAGAAUUCCAGGGCCGAUGCAGGAAGCUGACUCCCGGCACGAGGACGCCAGAGGCCGUGUUCCCCGCAACAGGCCUGAAUGUCCGGCCCCGGGCGGUGCUACUCUCCUUCCUGCAGAGGGGCCGAUUCAGACACGCAGUGCUUCGUGAACGGGGGCGCACAGGGUGCUGCUGCAAACCUCAGGUUCCCCUUAUGGUCUCGCUGGUUUGCCGGCACGGGAUGCAGCUCCCCCACACCCCACCGGGGUUCGGAUGGAGACUGGACCGGGGCUGAACUGUCCUCUGGGAUCACAAGUGAGGCUGAUGGAAAGCCUGCUUUCCCAGGACAGCUCUCUUCACAGAACUAAGGAAAAAAGAAACUUUUCCCCAGAAUUUCACUUUAAAAACAUUAAAAGAGAAGUAGAUGAAAUUCCAGUUUCCUAGGAAAGGCUGGGUCACUUGAGGACAGGAAAAUAAAUACGCGUCUUUGCAAACAAAACCCAUCAGCGCCCUGCACGUCCUCCAUCUGAUCCGCACGUGCCAAGAACUUUCGAGGGAGGGCGCCUCGGGUGCCUCCCAGGAAGGCCAGACCAACACUGCACUUUCAGGACGUCCCACCGCCAGCCACAUCCCCCCAGGGUCUGGUAGCACAGGGCAGCACCACAGCAGCACCUGUUGGCGCGCCAGCUCCCCCAUCCGCCAUGGGCAGGGACGGUGCACGCGCCUGUCUGUUCUACAGGGACCCCGUGAGAGGGCACCCCAAAGCAUAAAACACCAGAGGCAAGUCCAAAUUGUAUUCAUUUUCAACUUUACAGUGAACACGCAGGCCUUCUGAACUUCCCCUUCCAGCCGAGAAGGAGGGAAGGUUGGGUGGGGGGUGGGGCAAGGCCCUCGUAGGUGGGUGGCCCUGACCUUUUCUGUGAAGGCACCGGGACCCUAUAUCCUGGUCUUCAGACGCAGCUGCCCUCUUUUGACUUCUCCCAGGGACCGUCAGGCAAUUCUCCCGAAGCACGUGCUCAGGGGUGUUGAAGCUCUCCCCGCCAAACUCACAGAAAACAGGUAACAGGCAAAAGCAGGGAGAUCACAGCUUUGGCCACACUUCCUGACAGUGGUGGUUCGUAGAUGAGAUCAGUGGGUGCUUCUGUGGCUAGCAGAUGUCUGUGGUGCCGUAGCUUAGGGCACUUGCGAAUGCAUGGCAGUGGCUGGAAGGAGUGCGCCGCACACAGUCCCGGCCCUGCCUUUACAACUCACCAGGAACCUACCAGACCCCGGGCUCAGGGAGUCAGAACCAGGGCACGUGGCUCCUCACUGGGAAAACGGAGACCCCGCUCAGAGAAAGCAAAUCGGCACCCAGGGCUAAACUGCAAGCUGCCUGGGCACAUUCUCUGCUCCAGUGUAAGCCAGCUGCAGCACAGGCCUGGGUGGCUUGGCAAAGGGGAAGGCAACAAGACUGGAGAAGUUAAAUUCUUCUCUAAACUUGAGUUAAGUGAGUCUGUUCUGAAAAGGGCACCCACAUAGCUCUGGGGAAGCUCUGGGUCUCCGCUUGAAUGCUAAGUGCCAGGCUGACCCUGGCCCCUCUGCUCUCCUGUGACAUACGGCGCCUGCCGGCCCAUAACAUUUACCUUCCUCCCUCGCUUGGCUUGUUUUCCCCUUAGCACUUCUUACCGCCUGACUACUUAUGUUUAAUUGUAGUGUAUCAGCCAUCUUGGCCCCGUUACAGAAAGCGAGCUCCACGCAGGCAAGGAUUUUGUCUGCUUUCGUUGCUCCUGUAACCUCAGCAGCCAGAAUACUACCUUGCUUGCUGCAGAUGUUCACUGGAUAAGUUACUGCAUUAAUGAAUUUAAGUGAGACAGGAGACGCAGUUAACAGGAGGAAGGGGAGAGGCAACUCAGGCACAAGCACCGCCCUGGUUCCUGGGCACGUGUGCUGCGGCAGAAAGCAUGGCGCCUGGGACUCUUCUAGGGAGAAGGCAGGGGGUCCCUGCAGGAGCCACAGUGCUGAGUUCCAAGCUCUGUCCUGACCUCCAGUGCCUGGGGCUCCCUGGACAAUGGCAGCAUCCCCAAGACCCUUGUGCUCAUGGCCAGAGACAAACUAGCCCGUUCCUCCCAAAACAAAACAUAAGGAAUACAUACACACAGCUUUACAUUCCAGUCUUAUCUCUUGCCAUGUCCUUCGCUCCUUUGUUGGUGCUGUAACUACAUGUGCUUAUAAUUUCUGUGCUAUGGUCUUGGUCCAUGACCAGGGAAAUUAUAGGAGUUCUUAAAGAACACCCUCCCAUAUCCACCCCAGCUCCUAAUUUAUUAUUAUUAUUAUUAUUAUUAUUAUUAUUACUUAACUAUAUUUGGAUACCCAACAAGAAAAGCUGUGUAAUUUGCAUUCUCUGUAAAAAGUUACUAAAAACUGCUCAUGCUGGGGGUGCCUGGCUGGCUCAGUCAGAAGAGCAUGCGACUCUUGAUCUCA